AUGUCUGAAGCCCCGGAGCGCCGACCUGUAAAAUUCACAAUUACGCACUACCGCCAUCAACAUCACUCCCAUGAGGCAUUCAUCAAGUGGAUGGUCGAAGAGCACCUACCUCUCGUAGUGCCCAUCUUCACUAAACACAAAGUCGUUGAAUACUCGCUCUUCGUCACACCUCCUUCUAUGAAUGACGCACUGAAACAGGAAUUUGUACAGCUUCGACCGAGCUGGGAUGUUGCUGACUUCGACUGUUUCAUUGAAUAUACACUUCCCGAUGUGGCAACGAUCAAGAAUAUUAUGUCGGAUGCUGAGUGGCUGAUAGCGGUCAAGAAACAGGAUGACUGGGUUCAGGUCUCCAAGGCUUUGGUUUCCGUGGGGUUCUCUACCCCGUAUGUGUUGAAUGGAAAGCCGGUGAACUUGCCGAAGUGA